CGUGUCCUCUGCGGCCGCCAUGCUGCCCGCCGCCCGCGCGCUGCCGCUCCGUCCCCCGCCCGCCUGGUGCUGGGCCGGCACCGGACCGCGACCCCCGCGACCCCCGGCCCUCGGGCCCCGCGCCGGGCUGCGGGCGCUGAGCACCGGCCGCUCACGGCGCUCGGAGGCGCUGGCCGGAGCGCCGCUGGACACGGCGGCCAAGGAGUACUCGCCCAAGGUGCGGCAGCUGGUGCGGGACAUCGCGGGGCUGACGCUGCUGGAAGUGGCCGACCUCAACGCGCUCCUCAAGGAGACCCUGAAGAUCCCGGACGUGGGGGUGAUGCCGGUGGCGGCGGCCGCCUCCCUCCAGCCCUCCCAGGCGGCUCUGCAGGAGGAAGAGGAGGCCCCGCUGAAGAAAGAGAAAACACAUUUCAAUGUCCGGCUGACAGAGCUGAAACCUGCUGACAAGGUGAAGCUGAUCAAGGAGGUGAAGAACUUUGUGCCAGGAAUUAACCUCGUGCAGGCCAAGAAGCUGGUGGAGUCCCUCCCGCAGGAGAUCAAGGCCAACGCCUCCAAGGAGGAAGCGGAGAAGAUCAAAGCGGCGCUGGAAGCAGCAGGAGGGACUGUGGUUCUGGAGUAGGUGGCCAAGUCCCACCACGGAGGGACUGGCGUGUCGGCAGCCUUCCCGGUGUCACCGGCCCCGGUUCUGGCCGAGUUUUGGAUGUCUCCGAGGACACAGACACCUCUUGGUCGCGUGGUGGGAACACUCAGGAUGCUGUAGGGUUUGGCGGGGCUGCUGCCUGGUCCUGUCACCGUGAUGAACUCCUUACCUUCAUAAAUAUCCAUAAAAAAACCCAAAAACA